GGUUUCAUGUGUUUUAUUGUGAGUAAAGAGAACCCUUCUUUCUUUUGUUCAUUCUGUCAUGUUGAUCCAGUCAGCAUUGUAUUUCUCAGCCUUUUUUACAAAGUCCUGAUUUGACAGGGCAGAUACUGUGAUUUUCUGUGGAACUUAAUAAAGGUCAUAAGGUUUCUAUAUUUGAAAAUAUAAAUUUAUGAAUAUAACCAAACAUUACAGACUUUAUGUUAGCGUUUCUCAACGGGGGCAAUACCGCACCCGGGAGGCAUUCAGCGGACUGCAGAGGGCGCUGGAGGAAAUUUUUACUAAAGGGGGGCGCUGGGAUUCUUUUGGGAGGCGAUUGCUCAGCGGUAAACUUUACACCUUAAAUGCACAACAAUACCAGCUCAGACUUUGAGCAACUUGCUAAAACUGUAUUGUGUAACAUUAAAACAUGCUUGGCUGCAACUGUAUCGAUGGUAGCUCUCCUUCUCUUCAGUGUUUGUUAGCUUCUGGCACAGCUCCAUGCUCCUGCUACUAGUAGCUUCACCGCAUCAAUUCAUUGUUACACAGGCUGAUGAUAUUGCUGUUAUUCACUUGUCUGGUGUCUGAUUUUCAAAUAUUUUAUGUAUUAUUGAGGAUUUUUGUACAUAUGUUUUGGCAGUGCUGUGAUCAUGUCAAAGCAGCAACUUAUAUUAAGAAGUGUUUUAAUGUUUGUCUGGAUGCUGCACGUUUCCAUGGAAGGACAACAGAAAAUUGCUCUUAUAAACAUGUCACGAUACCCUCACUGUGUAUUCCUCAGAAUAAUGAACCCAUUUAAAUGAAGAAAUCCUUCCAUGGAUGAUACCUCAAUAAAGAACGUUCAUUUUAUAGAGUUAACAUUGGUUCUGUAAGUGAUCUGGUAUGAAACGGUAGCACCACAGCACUUUUGAAUUUUCAUCAUCAGAAUACCAGAGCUAAAAGGUUUACAUCAGUCUGCUUUUCUCCAUCGAUACGCACUUUCCGACCGCUCCGCGCCUUAUGGAGUAAAAAAAAAACAGUAAGACGAUGCACACAUUGCACAAAACUCUGAAACAGGAGAACAGUGACAUAGAACAGGGCAAGUGCAGCGAACUAUUAAUCUGUAGAACCAUACACAGGUUUAUAUAAAGAUAUAAUCCAUGUUCCUGUCCCAUAUUUGUAUAGCAUUAAAAGGAUCUGGAACUUUGUUUUUCCACUGAAAGCUCUGGUUUACACAGUAAAUGCCAUCUGGGUGACAUUUUAUGGAUGAUACUUUGAUGUACCCUGAUGUAGAAUAGGUCAUGUAAUCAUCUGAAUCAGCUGUUCUAGAAUAGAGGUAAGUCUGAGUAUAUCAGUAAGCACAUCAUAAUAAAAAGUGAAUAACAAGUGAUUUAAAUUGAUUUAAAGCACCUGCAGCAGGCAGCCCUAAACUUCCUUGUCCACCACAUGUUCUCCCAGACCAAACAAUAGGCCCCGCCCUACUUUUAAAAACUCAAAUCCCACAAAAUCUUGCAGGAUUUCAUACUUAGACCCAGAAUGGUGGGCAGGAUAAAAUAUGCAAAGGGAGAUAUGACAUGAGGGGAGAGCAGGGGAAGAUAAAACUUUCCCUCCCUAUGGAUUCAAAAUCAAAGGGGAGUGGAAGCAUACUUGGAUUCAAAAUUGAGUAGCAGUUUUUCCCAAAACUGGUCCUUACUUCUUCUUCUUCUAUUGUGUUUUCUGGCAGUUUACAAACUUUGUGUAUUACCACCAUCAAUUGGACAGAGAUGUAAUUCAGAAAUAAAUUUUUCCUACAUAUCUUCAAAUCUUAAAAUAACUAAAUUAUACACAUACUUAUACACUCACACACACAUACAUACUAAAUACUCUCAGCUAAUUUUGCAUCUUUUAAAUCACAUAUGUCAGAGUCAAGGCCCGCGAGAAGGUUUUUUACGGCCCCUGGAAUGAUCUUGAUUUAUUAUUAGAACCGGCCCACAGACCGCAGUAAGCCGGCACCCCGUCUGAAAAAAAAAUACCUUCCUUAUUUGAACUGUAAGUAGUUCUUUAAAUGUUCUGUGAGAUGAUGUACUUACCCAUGUAUCCAUAACAACCGGAACUUUCAAUAUCCACCAAGUUAUUGCCGAAAUAUACCAUCUAUUAAAGGAGUGCCCCCUGGAUUAAUUACACUCUCUGCAGCUGCAGCUGCGAAGUUACAGUAUUAACCCGAUACUUGCUGGAAAGUGCAACGUCUCCCCUUUCAGAAACCGUUGGAAUUUUUCCACUUAGCCCUAUGUUUGGCGGAAUUACGGUACUGCAAAUUUAGAUGUGUCGCCGGCGACACGUGUAGAAGGGAUUUAUUAGCACAGCAGUCGUCAGCAUAACUGUAAAAUUAACUUUCAGAUACCCAUCAAAAAUGGCAAAAAGGAAGGUGGACACUGAGAACCGGGGGUUUCAAACAAGGUGGGAGUCGGAGUAUAUGUUCACGGAGGUAGCUGGAAAACCUGUGUGUCUUCUGUGUGGAGAAAGUGUGGCGGUACUGAAAGAGUAUAAUCUGAGACGACAUUAUGAAACGAAACACGCGGACAAAAACAAGAAUAUGGACAUGGAACAAAGGCUACAGAAGGCCGAGGAAUUAAAACGAGGCCUCAAAUCUCGACAGGCUCUGUUCAAAAAAGCCAAAUCACAAGGCCAGGCUGCUGUCAAGGCCAGUUUUAUUUUGGCAGAAGAGAUCGCUAAAUCAGCCCGGCCAUUUACGGAGGGGGAUUUCAUCAAAAACUGUUUGAUUAAAGUUUGUGACGAAGUUUGCCCAGAAAAAAGGCAACUCUUUUUAAAUGUGAGUCUGAGCAGAAACACCAUUGCCGAGCGAGUAGUCCAGUUGUCCAUCAAUCUAAAAGAGCAGCUUGUGAAAAAGGGAAAAGAUUUCAUCGCAUAUUCCUUGGCUGUGGAUGAGAGCGCCGACAUUUCUGACAUUGCCCAGUUGUCAAUUUUCAUCCGCGGAGUGGACUCCAGCCUAAGCGUGACAGAGGAGUUGUUGGCUUUACGUCCUAUGCAUGGCACAACUACGGGGCAUGAUUUGUAUGAAGAGGUGUCAAGAUGUGUAAAUGAGAUGGAGCUGCCUUGGGAAAAACUCGUGGGUUUGACAACCGACGGAGCACCUGCGAUGUGUGGACACAGGAGCGGACUGGUGGCGAAGAUACGGGAAAAGAUGCAAGAGGAAAACGCGACAGGUGAGCUGACAGCUUAUUAUUGUAUCAUACACCAGGAAGCGUUGUGUGGUAAAGCCUUAAAAAUGGAACAUGUAAUGAGCAUCAUCACACGCGCAGUUAACUUUAUCAGAGCCAAAGGUUUAAAUCACCGCCAGUUCAAAGUAUUUCUGACGGAGUUAGAAACGGAGCAUGGUGAUUUGCCUUAUCACACAGAGGUGCGAUGGUUAAGCCAGGGAAAGGUGCUCCAAAGAUGUUUCGAGCUUCGUGAGGAGAUUUGUCUGUUCUUGGACAGCAAAGGGAAAGACACAACACAACUCCGAGACGAGAUGUUUCUGUGUGAAAUGGCUUUUCUGUGUGACAUUACAAGUCAUCUGAAUACAAUGAACUUGCAGCUGCAGGGUCGGGAUCGUGUCAUCUCUGAUAUGUACAGUACAGUGAAGGCAUUUAAAACCAAACUGACUCUGUGGGAGACGCAGAUGCGGAAAGAAAAUUUGAGCCACUUUCCCAGCUGCCAGACCAUGAAAGAGAAGCUCUCUACCAGUGCGUUCCCGAGCGCACAGUUUGCUGAUAAAAUAGGUAUGCUUUCCGCUGACUUUCGACGCCGAUUUGCUGACUUUGAAGCACAAAAAAACAGGUUUGAACUGCUCCGUAAUCCAUUUGCUGUUGACGUGGAAAGCUCACCACCAAACCUCCAAAUGGAGUUGAUUGACCUCCAAUGCAAUGAUGCACUGAGGGCAAAAUAUGCGGCAGUGGGUGCUGCGGAGUUUGCCCGUUUCCUCCCCGACACAAUGCCCCAGCUGCGCAUCCAGGCUGCUCAAACGUUGUCUAUGUUUGGCAGCACAUACCUGUGUGAACAACUGUUUUCUUUGAUGAACCUGAACAAAACAUCACACAGAAGUCGACUUACUGCUGAACACCUUCACUCAAUUCUGAGGAUUUCCUCAGCUCAGAGCCUUACCCCGAACAUUGAUGAACUUGUGGAAAAGAUGGGACACCACCAAGUAUCACCCUCAACCUCAAACAAGUGAACAUUACUGUGCAAUCACAUAUUUAGAGUUUUUACUCAGUUCAAGUUUAAAAGUUAAAGUUUAAUAUUUGUUUUCACUGCAUGUUACUUCUCCUUGAUGAAAGUGUUGUUUUUGAUUAAUAGAUUUUUGCACUUUAUUUUAUUGUAUUUCAAUCCAAUUAUAUUUUAAAAAUAUUUCAGUUGUGUCUGUUGAAAAUUAAAGAUUACUGACAGAGCCAUAAGAAAAUAUUGCUUUAUUUAUCUGAUCAUAUUGGAAUAUAUUUGUUAGGUUUUCAGUAGGUUCAAUUAGGUUCACUAGACUAUAUGCGUCAUUUAAAAAAAUUUCAAUGAACAUUCGAUCAGUCCGGCCCUCGGCUUGUAGCUAAAUUUUUUAUUUGGCCCUCCGUCCAUUUGACUUUGACACCCCUGUUUUAAAUAUUUAAUAAGUGCUUGAAUUAUAUCAUGUGAUUGAUGCUUCCCUAAUAAAUUAGCCAUAGCUAUUGAAAUCCCCAUUACCCUUUCCAAUUCUUUCCUCUCUUUUAUAUAUUUUCUACAAUAAAUCAACACAUGUUCUACUCCUUCUGUUUCCCCGCAAUAAAGAACAAUCACCUAUUAUUUUAAAAACCCCUAUUUAAACUAGUAUGCCCAAUCCUCAACCUGUUGAUCCAUAUUUCCUCUCUCCUAUUCAUUAUGCUAUUAUUUCUUAUGAUUACCUCCUUCUGUAUUUUAUGUAAAUGCCUUCCUCUUUCUCCUAAAUUCCAUCUCUCCUGCCAUAUAUUAUUUAUUUUAUCUUUAAUAAUUACUUUUAUUUCUGCUCUAUAUAGUGGGACAUCAUAUUCAAUUUCUCUUGCUUUAACUGGUUCUUUAGCCUAGCCAACUUAUCUACUUUUUCAUUACCUACAAUUCCUUUAUGUGCCGAAACCCAUGUGAAUUGAAUACUUAUUUUUUGUUGCUUUAUACCAUUUAUCAAAUAACUAACUUCAUCUAAAAGAUCUUGACGGCUUUCAGAUUUUCCACUUAUAAUACUGGUUAAGCAAUACAUUGAAUCUGAACAGAUAACUACGUUACUAGGCUUCACCUCCAGCACCCAUUGCAAUGCCAAAAUAAUUGCCAACAUCUCUGCUGAAAAAAUUGAUAAAUUAUCUGUUGUUCUUUUUAAUAAAACUUCUUGUUUCGGAAUAUAAACUGCUACUCCUGUUUUACCAUUUUCCUCUUUUGAUGAAUCUGUAUAUAUUUGUGUCAUAUUUUCAUACAUUAUUUCUAAAUACUGCUGAAUAAUUUGAUAAAAACCUCCAUAGGACUGUUCUAUUUUUUUGGUUUCUAAAUUUACUAUUGACAUUUCAAAUAAAAAUGGGGCAAUUUUAGAUUUAAUUACAGUUUUACAGCAUGCUAUAUUAUUUGUCCCCAAAUUAUCUGCAUAAAUAUUCCCUUCCCAUCCAAAACUCCUAAUGUUAUGGCAAUUACUCCCAACAUUCUAUGAAUACCUGUUUCGUUGGGUGUUUUUCUUCAUGCCCUUGUAAAUUUAACCAAUAAUUUGCUGAUAGUUUCAUCCGCCUUAUUUCCAGUGGCAUAGUUCUCUGGUAAUCACCUGAAGAGCAGGAACUGGAGACGUUCUACAAGCACCACAACAUAUCCUAAGAGCUUUAGCUUGGAUUCUAUCUAAAUCUAAUAAAAGAAUUUGCAAUUGACUUAUAAACAAUACAUCCAUAGUCCAACACAGAACAAAUUAAAACAUCAUACAUUGUUUUUAAAGAUGUGCUUGACUCCCCCCAAUCAUUCCCUGACAAACAUCUCAAAAUAUUAAUACAUUUUUUCCAUUGCUCAAUAAUCUUCUGUAUAUGCAUCUUAAAUGAAAGUUUUACAUCAAACCAUACACCUAGAUACCUUAUGAUACUUAUCUGCUUCAAUUUUUGCCCACACAAUCUAAGAUCUACUGUACGAUUAACCCUUUUUCUUGAAAAACAUAUUACUUGUGUCUUCUCAACAGACAAAUGCAGCAAUAUGUCCAAAACUUUGACAUUUAUAGCAUCUGGUUGGUAGAGGAAUGUAUUGCCUUAUUGUAUAACUGACAUACCCAAUCAUCACCUUUUCAGGUAAUCUAUCCUCUUCUAGGACUAACAUAACUGACUUACUAGGACUUUUAACUCCUUCUCUUAGAAUAAACAAGUGUUUCACUUUAAUCACCCUAGCCCCUUUUACAUUACCUUUAAUCUCUUCCUCAGUCAGAUCAGUUGAUACUCCAGAUAUUACUCCCUUUACCUUUCCUCUGUCCUGCCAUAUUUGUGGCUUGAUUGUUUUUCCCAAUAAUGUCUUGCAUCUCAUUAGUCCCUGCACCUGGUGUCUAUCUCUACAUAGCACCAAUAGAUUACCAUCUCGUAACGUUUUGACUGCUUUCACCUCACCUAUUAUUUUAUAUAUUGCCUCACUUAUUUUUAAAGGAUUCAAAGCACAUGGAUUCUGGAAUCUAAGAAUUACUUAAAUUUCAUUUCUUUUAUUCUCCUCUCUUUUUUCUUCAUCAGAUUCAAAUCCUUUCCUUUUCUUAUUUCCUCAGUUCAUUGUUUGCCAGUCUCCCAUUUUUGCACUUCUUUUACAAUAAUCACUAUUCACACUACAAUUAUCUGAAUCGUCUAAUUCUUCGCAUUCUUCCAUCUCACUUCCUUGUUUAAAGUAAUCUACAAUUAACUCCAAAUUACACCUCUGUCACUUUAACUUUUACCAACAAAAGCUUCAAAACACCUGUCGGUCCUUUAGUCAAAUUGAACUGCAUGUUUUAAUUUCAGUAAAACCUUAUUAAUCAGCCAUCAAUUACAAUCAUGUGUGCUGAAUUAGGGAAAUGCCUAAAACUUGCAGGGCAGUGUGCCUUGAGGACCAGUGUUGAAAAACACUCAAUAAUAAAAUGCUCUGACCCAGAGCUCAGAAGAGGAGAAGAGGGGAAAGGAUAUGACAAAACAGCACACAUUGAUUCAACAUCGAUCAGACGAUCAGACAAUCAGACAUUGGCAUUUCAUUCAUUAGAUUUCAACCACAAAACAACAUUGAUUCAACAACAUCUUUUAAAUAUUGGUCACUUGGCUAGAAUUGGAUGAUUGUUUGAUGGUUGAUCCACCAUCAGUUGUUGACCUCAAUCAAAAAUCAACCAUUCUGACUAUAAUUCAGUGUGGAAUUACAAUUGCAUUCUAUCUGGAUUUUAGAAACCAUCAAUAAUGUUGUGACCUACCUGGCUAUGUUUUUGACUACUUUAUUAGCACAAAAGGAAAGGCUAAUUUAAAUUGCUUAACUAUGUUUCUAAGUGAGGUCUGCCAAUUUUCAGUUUGGUUGAGGUCAGGAGCAUUCCAGAAACUUAAUGUUGACCUUGGAUUAUUGUUAAAUUAGAACACCCAAAUGUGUCAAACUGUCAAUAUUAGAUGAGGGAACAUUGGUCAGAAUGUUAAGAAAAACCAGAGCUACCACCAAGACACAACCGUAGGUGGAAGACCAGGAGUCAGAGGGCUCAGAAGUUGACUUUUCUACUGGACCAAUCAGCGAACAGAAGGAGCAGUUGUAAACAAUGAUGUUGACUUUCUAUGCUGUUUUCAAAAGGUAGUUUGCCUGUAGUUUUAGCAAUGGCAGCAGAGGAUGUAAGCAAAGUUGUUCAGUCCUGUUGGUCACACUUCCAAAUAUUGAAUUAACAAUAACAGCCGCAUUGUUUGGAUCAGCAUUUGGAGGAUGGUCGCUUACAGCACAGGCAGUUUCCAGUAAGCUUCAAAGCUUCAAACUGGUGCAUUACACAAGACAUGGGCAAAUGUUAGCAAUUGGGUAAAACUUGAAACCUCAAUAGAGUCUAGCCUCCAGAAAGCAGUCCUGGGGGCCUGGACUCUGGAUUGUCAGUACAUAGUCAGUAUAAUUGUCAGUAUUGAGCCCAAUAGCCGAGAGCCCAGACCCCCUGGACAAAACAAAGUGUAUUGCAAUCAGAUAGACAGGCCAAGGUUUUUACCUGGGACAACCAGAUGCUUUUUUUUAAUGGUUGUGCUGGACUGACGACCGGUCCAGGGUGACCCUGCCUCUCGCCCAUUGACUGUUUGAGAUAGCCACCUGUACCCCUGGUAACCCCUCUGGGGAUAAGCAUGGAUGGGUGGAUGGAUGGCUUUUUGAUGAUACUAUAAGUACAUGGUUUCUCAGUCUAGAGCUUGCUUAGGGACAUUUCCCGAUAAUAUUAGUAGGGUUCUAUCUAUAUAUUUGUGACUGUGAACUUUGAAAAUGAAUUGCAGUUCUUUGUUGUUUAAUCACACCAACCCCAAAAAUUGAACAGUUCAAAGGCACCAUUAAAAGGCCUAUAAAGACUUUCAUGCCAAUCAGGAAUGUAUGUAAACCUCUGAGUAUUGAAAAUUUUUCAGUAGAAUACUCAUAUACUGUAUCUCAGCCUCACUUCUAUCAUGCAUUAACGAUUUUUGUUAUCUUGUGACCCAUUUGGAGGAAACUGUUGCCAAGGUCCAUAGUUGUAUUUCAGUCAUGGUUUCCAAGGGAACAAAACAGGCAUAGAAGAACAAGUUUGGUUAGACUGACAACUUAACAAUGGAUGUUUCUAUCUCCACAUUCCUACCCAUCCUUGGU